AUGAGCGAUGACGGAUGGAUUGCUGUCGACGGUCUCAAAGUUCUUCCAGGACAGGGCACGAGACAAUUUGAGCUCUUCACGGCGCGAAAGGCGCCCCGGAGUGUAAUGCGCGAGGAAGUCCUACGAGCAUACGAGGCUAGGAUGAUUGAGCAGACCAAGAGAAUGGCUAGCGGGGCAGACGAGAGUUAG